AUGAGUAUGAUUACAAAUGAGUUGUUGUUAACGGAACAUUCCAAAGUGCGUCAACAAUGGGGUAAAUCUUUAAAGGAUGUUCUUCAGGAUAUUCAGAUAUUAAAGGAGUGGUGUGAAAGUCAAAAACAUUUUCCCGAAAUUCCAGAUGACAACAUGUUAGAAUUUUUUCUUACUAACUGCAAGUAUAGCAUAGAAAAGGCAAAAAAGAAUAUUGAUAUGUAUUACACACUCCCUCCAUUAAUACCGGAGGUGUACGAAAAGGGACAUCCCAAUUUACCGGGUUACCAAAAAAAAGUUGAAAACUUUGGAAUGAUAGUACCCAUGCCGAAGUUAACAGAUUCUUUACAACGAGUAUCAAUAUUUGCUAUUAAAGAAGACUCUACUCAUUUUGAUCCGAUUAUGCUGGUAUCUCAUCUACAAAAUGUGUACGAAAUAAGGACGCACGUGGAUUUAGUAAUGGGUGAAGUUCUUAUAAUGGAUGGAAGUAAUCUAAAAAUGGGUCAUGUGCUCAAAUACACACCAAUUGUGUUUAAAACAAUGGUUUUAAUUUUACAAAACAUAAUGAGAAAUCGGAUAAAAGAAAUUCAUAUUUUUCAUUAUCCUCCAUAUAUUAAUAUAGUAAUGGCAGUUGCCAAAGGUAUUUUAAAAAAGAAGCUAUAUGACAGGGUAUAUUUACAUGAAAACUUGGAGAGUCUCUACAAACAUAUUUCUCCCGAGGUCUUGCCAAAAGAUUAUGGCGGAAAACAAAAGUCAAUGGACGAACUGAAUGAAUUGUGGAAAGAGGAGUUUAUCAUAUGGUCUGAUAGAUUUGACAAAAAAUCAAAAAUGAGGGUAAAUGAAGAUCUAAGGCCGGAACCACUGGAAAAUUCAGAAAUUUUGGGAUACUAUGGGAAUUUCAAAAAAUUGGACGUGGAUUAA